AUGGACGCCCAGCGUCCGUCCCCGCUGUCUUCGUUGAUCACUAUCAUCCUAAUAUUCUUUCUCAUGAGUGGAACUGGCCCGGACCCCGCAGUGCACUUGCGAUUGCUCGAAGCCUUAAAAGCUCGAACAAGAGAAUUAGAUGAGUUCACCGCAUAUGUCAAUAGUACCGAAUCAAAUUUCACUUUCGCCUCGCCUCCACCAGCAUCUGUGCCUCCUAUGCUCGCCCACAUAUUACCAGAAACACCACUCCCCAAUUCAGGAUUCUCCUAUCAUAACAACAUAACUGGAUUUCUUCGCUCUCCGGCAAUCACCUACAACUUGUCAUCAAUAGCCGACAAUCUUCCUUGGGCUUCCGAGGCACAGGAGUUGUUUGAGCAAGUAAACGUUACUGAAUCGCAGAUACUGAAAGAGGAGUAUAUUUGGAACUGGAAUGGGAAGGGAAAGGUCGCAUUGAACAUAAAAGAAGAGAAGAGCGAGGAUGACAUGACCUUCGUUCACGGACAAUUGGAUGUGACGUCGCCAGCGGAGUUUACAGCGUCCUAUUCGAUAGAAGGUGUCCACUUUCCUCUGAACGGGACACUAUACGCCAUCGCAUCUCCCGUGGGGCGAUUUGUUGACUUGCGCCAACUGCCCCCAUUAUUACCUCAAAACGUUCAAAACUCGACAUCUUGGGCUAUUGUGUAUGAACUGAAGCGUCGCUUAAAGGAGCUAAAGAAUCUUGCGAACUCCCCCGGCAUGUCUGAACCCAUGCCGCCCAUACAACCUACAUCUUGUCCCCUAGCACUAUACCUUCGCCUUGCGCCUUCGGCAUUGCCGUUGCAUGCAAUGCUAGAUCUUGAGCGCGAGUCACGAGAUCCCACUGGCGAGAAUACCUACCGCACACAAGCAAUUAAAGGGAAGGCAGCGCUUGUAAGUUGGAAGUGCGGCGUUGUCGUUGUCUUGGAUGAUCUGGGUGGACUCAAGGCUGACCGAUUUUGGAGGAAAGCAACUACCUAUGCAUCGCUUGCAUCCAUUGUGUAUCUGACAUUACUCAUUCUGCUUGUUCGGCAAAUGGAGAGCACCCGGACACCUGCAAGUAUAUCCAAAUUAUCGAGGUGGUCUUUCGCUAUUCAAGCUGUUGGCGAUGCGUACUCCUUCGUCUGCCAUCUCACGAUUGGCAUUGUGAGUGACAAUCGCGCAUCUCUCUCUUUGAUUGCCCCAGGGUUCUUGGCCGCAACCUUGUUCUUGGUCUUCGAAGUCCGAUACGCAACUCUGAUACACCGUAUACAAGCUCCCGAAGAUGAUGCGGUUCAAGCAGCGGCGCAGACUGCUGCUGCUGCUGGGCCGUCGGCACCGGCACCGGCCCCUCGUCAGACAUCAGAGCUCCCCCUUCCUGUCACAACUGGGCCUGCAGAAGGCGCACUAAUUGUACCCACGAACCCCACAGCAAAUGCUCAACCAACGACUCGCCCGUCCAUCAGUGGCCUGUUCCGUCAAACCUUACUGUGGCGCGCCGUCAACUCAAUUACAGACCCGGAAUCAAAGUUUUGGGCUCUCCUCCUCUUGUCCUUCAUUUUCCUCGUUCAGGCAACUUUGUCCCCUUCACUCGUUCUUUUCGCCGUUGGUGCUUUGUACUCCUUCUGGGUACCCCAAAUCGUGCGAAAUGCUCGGCGGGGAACCCGGAAAGCGUUGAGCUGGACAUACGUCAUUGGCACAAGUUUGGCACGGCUCUCUUUCGUGCUUUAUAUAUUUGCAUGCCCUCGGAACGUCCUAUUCGCUGAACCGACUGAAUGGGUCUGGAUCGUGGUUGCUUGGGUGACGUUCCAAGUUGUUGUUCUGUUCGGUCAAGAGUUCUUCGGCCCAGCCUUCUUCCUUCCCCGAAGUUGGACAGCCACACAACCGUACGACUAUCAUCCUCCUCUUUCACCUGCGGAUGCCGAAGCACCAGAGAAGGCUUUGGGUGACUGCGUCAUUUGCAUGGAGCCCAUCGUCAUAGGGCCCGAAAGCUCAGUUGCGCAGUCCGGUGACAAGGCUUCUCUUCUGGCCAGUGUCACCGUUAGGAAAAAUUAUGCACUAGCGCCAUGCCAUCAUCUCUUCCACACAAACUGUCUUGAGCACUGGCUUGCAAUCAAGAAUAUUUGUCCCCAAUGUCGUCGACCUCUUCCACCGCUUUGAUGAUACCCCCGACUCAAGGACUGAUUCGGUACAAUUCAGCUGUAAUGGAAUGUACACAUACAUGUACAAGAGCACGAGGCUGUGUUUAGCAUACUUAUCAUACUCAUUGCAUCGGAAGGGGCUCUCUAACAGACAACAUUUCAGAUACCAGUGUAACUUUGUUCAAUCCCAUUCCAUAUCAUUAUCGU